UUAUUUCCCUACCUCAAUCGUGGUCACACUACUCAGCCAACAACAACUCAGUGCCGUACGGCUGCGUUUGUUUCUGCUCCCAUUCAGCUGCAAAAAAAGUGAAAAGCGUUCGGGAAACAAGCAGCAUGUGAAACGCAUUUGCUCCACGCAUCUAUAUCUCGAAAGAAAAGCCGAAAAAAGUGCGUGAAAAUCGCGAGUGAAUCGAGAAUAGAUAAAAUAAAAAAGCGCUGCAAGUGAAGAGAAACAUUGCUGCAGUUGUGUGUGUGUGUGAGUGUGUGCGUGCGAGUGUCGCUCUCUGGACGCAAUUCCUAUUUUGGCCAAAAGGAAGGGAAGUGGGGCAGGAGAAUCCCGACUCCCGAAUCCGAAUUAGGAGCAUCAGAAAUAGCGCAGCGAGAUGGUGAAGGCGAUGACGAAGAAGGCGCCGCUAACGAACCAUAUGAUGAUGUAAAAGCCAUAUCGCCAUAUCCCCUUUCUCUUCUCUCCAAACGAAAGCGAAAUCCCAGCUGCUGGGAAACUCUAACUAAAAACGAACCAGAAACCAAAGCCCACGACUGCCGCUUUGUGUUUCGUUUCGACUGAAAACGAAACUGCAUUCGUUGGACUCAUAUUUUUAUACCACAACGACACAUAUCGCGGACGGAAUCGAACAUGAGAUUGCCGCGGUGCUUAUCGGCCAGUGGGAACCUGCUCCUCCUCCUGGCAAUCGUCGCCCUGGUCAUCGCCGAGCGGGACUUCAAUGUCAACGACUCCCAGGUCCCUGUUAUUGAGCCAAAAGAUGUUCCCGCCUACAAGCAGGAUCCGUAUGUUUCGGAGUUGAUGAGCUGCCAAAAUACUCAAAGCGAGAUUGUGCUAUCGCUUCUACUGAAAAAACACGACUGGAGUGAGCUGACGGUCAACAAACGAGCCCAUGUCCAGGCCAAAUUGGGCAAGUUCUUUGCCAUACCGAAGGAAUUUAUUUCCCUGGAUUCGGUAUCGAAGCGUGAGCUUAAAUCCAUGCACAAGCUGGCCAUGCGAAAAGGAGGCAAGGGCAACAAGAACAUCGAGACCCUCAAUCGCCGCUUGGGACGCGCCAGUUUUAUGAUCGGCUGUGGUCCAAGCUACUUUGUGAUGGGUGAGCCUAUAGCCAAGCAGAUUGCCCACCAGAUGAAGGACGGCACCAUUGGCGCCUUGACAGAAGAGAACUUUGGCAUGUGGUUCAUAUGGCGAAAGGAAUUGAAGUCAAGAUCCAACCGCAAACGACGUCAGUCCGAGGGCUCCGGAGCUGGUGACGAUGACUACGACUAUGGAGAUGACGAAGAGGACGCUGCUGAGCCCAGUACGGAAGUGCCGCCGGUGACCACGCAUGCACAUCGACAUCAUCACGGAGCGUCGGAUGUGUCGUCUGAAACCGCGUCCUCGUCGGCUGUUCCCUUGGUGCCCAAUGUGGAGGAGGAGAUCGAGGAGAGUGUGUCCAAGCUGGAGUCCGUGAUCAGCAAGACAAUUGAGAACACCAAGAACAUCAAGGAGUUGCCGGUUCUGGGCGAAGCUGACGAUGAUGAGGAGGAGGUCGAACUGCAGCAGUUGGGCGUUCCUUUGGCAGUGGAGAGUGUUCCGGAGGAAACCACCAGCAGUACGACAUCAGCUACCAGAGCCACGGAAAUGGUAAAGCCCGCCGGUUAUUUGGAGGAGAAUGGAAAUCAGGUGGACUCAGCUGCCAUCGAUGUGGAGGCCUCGGCCACGCCCACGCCCUCGGUUUCCGCCCCCGAAUCACAGAAGCCAUUCUCAUCCUAUGAUGCCACCUCCUCGGUGUCGUCAUCGUCAUCGUCGUCGUCGUCGUCUUCGUCCGUUUCAUCCAUUGCAGCUGGUGAAGAUUCGUCUUCAAUGCCGUCCCCUCAUCCGCCCUCCUUCGCCUCUGCCACGCCCACCGCCAUGCCCACAGAGCUAGACACUUCUGCUUCAUCAUCCUCAUUCCCAUCAUCUCCAUCAUCUCCGUCGCAAGCCACUCAGCCAACAACAACAACCACAUCAUCAUCAUCAACAUCAACAAGCACAACAGCAACAAUCUCAACAACAACAGCAACAUCAACAGCAACCACAACUACAACAACAAGAACAACCACACUGUCUGAAUCGCCAAAGCCAAUCACUGUGCUUAAUGAGUUCGAGCUGACCACCCUGCUGCCCUUCGGCGAUGUGGAGGGCGCAUCUGCAAGUGCAACUGAUGUUGCAAGCACAGCAGCAGCAAGAGCAACAACCGCAUCAGAAGCAACUGCAACAUCAGCAGGCGAAAGCGAAUUUCAUGUAGAGUCCACAACGCACAGCACGAUUAGCUCUAAGGAAGGAGAGCCCGAUGCCAUCAGCAGCAGCAGCAACAAUAGCCUGGCCAAUAAUGAGCAGUCGACGCCUGCCACGCCCACAUCGUCGCUGGCCACUACCACGACGGCAUCCACUCCGGAGUCGAGCAGCAGCGGCGGCGUCUUCGUCUCCACAGACUACGUAGAGCCGCAGCCGGAGGAGAACAGUCCGCCCAUCAUCAAGACGCGUCUGCAGAAGCUGGCGGUCACCUCGGGCAAGGCCUUUAGCUUCCACGUCCUGCCGGACACCUUCUUCGAUGCCGAGGAUCAGGGCAAUCUGCGGCUGGCCCUCACCGACAAGGAUGGCCACGAGCUGAAGGCCAACUCCUGGCUGCAGUUCAACGCGGACAAGCGGGAGCUCUAUGGCCUACCUCUGGACGAUGCGGUGUCCCGCUGGCAGUAUCGCCUCUCGGCCACGGAUUCGGGCAACGCCAGUGUCACGGAAACAGUAGAGAUCAGUGUGCAGCAGCAUCGGGCAGUGCGGACCAUCAACCACGAGAUCGUUAUUGGGGUGCGAUUCAACAAGAAGCUGGGCCACAACAUCGACUGGCAGUUGCAGCUGAUCAACGAGGUGGCCAGGACCCUGGAGGACUCCAGCAACUCGGCAGUGGUGGUGCGCGAGAUUCGCCUGACGCCACACGAUCCGCACAGUGCCACCUUUGUGUACUUUAACGAGACCCUGCCCACCAGCGAGUGUCCGGAAAAGGAACUGCAGGAUAUUGUUGCGCGACUUGACUUCGAGAGACUUGGUGAUUUGGUGUACCCGCUGAUGUCAAUCAAAUCCAUAACCGGCCAGCUGAUCGGCUCCUGCCAGAAGGAUCUCACCCAGGUGAAGCCCACGCAGCACAUGACCAAGAAUGUGCCGCCCAUGCCGCGCAACCAGGUUGAUCGUGUGAACGCCAGCUUGGGCCAGCUGCUGGUGUACAAAGUGCCGGCCGACACGUUCUACGAUGCCAACGAUAAUCAGCUGACCCUCACGCUGAAGACCAGAGAUCACCAAGAGCUGAAUCCCCGCCACUGGCUGCAGUUCGACUCCAAGAACGAGGAGUUCUUCGGCAUUCCCAAGAGCGGCGACAUCGGCUCCGAGGAGUAUCUGCUGGUGGCGGAGGACAGCGGCGGCCUGAGUGCCCAUGAUGCCCUGGUCGUGAUGGUCAGUGCGGCGCCCAAGCGUGACUUUGGCUUCUUCUUCAAGGCCUACUUGGACAUCCGACACGACAAGUUCAAUGCCGAGCUGCAGCGCAAGUUUGUGGAGCGUGUGGCCAAGCUGAAUGGCGAUGCCACCACUGGCCAAAUCCAGAUCCGCUCGAUAACCACGCACCACGACUCCGAUGGCACCAUUGUGAACUUCUACAACACCACGCUGUACAAGAAGCACAACAGCUGCAGGGAGAAGGAGGUGGCCACCACCAGGAGUGUCUACCUGAACAGUGACAAUAGUUUGAGGGAGGCCGCCAAACGGGCUUUGGGUCCCGAGCUGAAUUUGACCAACGUGUCGGUGGUGCCCUUCAGCAGUUGCCAUCAUACCGAGAACAUAGACACCAAUCAGCUGGAUUACAUACCCAGUCGUCCCGAGGAGCCCACCCACAAGUCCUCCUUCGGCGAGGACUACAUGAUCACCUUUGUGCUGCCCAUUGUGAUCAUUAUCGUGAUGAUUGUGGUGGCCUCGAUCAUUGCCUGCUGCCUGCACUGGUGUCGCCACAGAAGUGGCAAAAUGGAGCUAGGCGACGAAGAGGAGCGCAAAUCCUUCCGUGCCAAGGGCAUUCCCGUCAUCUUCCAGGACGAGUACGAGGAGAAGCCGGAGAUCGGCAACAAGAGUCCCGUGAUCCUCAAAGACGAGAAGCCGCCGCUGCUGCCACCGUCCUACAAUACCUCAAAUAUGAAUGGCGACAACGAAAUGGAUGACUAUGUGCCACCGCCAUCGGUGGUCGUGGGCGGCCGGGAGGUGCGCGGAAAGUCGCCAGCCACGCCCUCCUACCGCAAACCUCCGCCAUAUGUGUCGCCAUAAAUCAUAAUUCAGUGUCAAGAAAGGAAGCAGCAGCAGCAAAGAAAGCAACCAGCAACAAUAAUAACAAUCGCAUCGUAUUAACCACACAAUCUAUAUAGAUAUAUACAUAUAUAUAUACCGAUUUGGCACAAGUUAUAUGCAACUAAGCAAACCCUUUUGUAUAUAUCCAAGUGCAAAUUGGUUACUUUGGACAUUGUAUUCGAAUUGAGGGGAAAUCGAGAUCCCGACCGAGAAGUAUUCGCCAAGUCGAUGGAGUUUUUUGGAUAACGUUUUGUAUUAGCCGAGAACGGAGAAGGAGAAACAAUCAAUGAUGGAAUUCAGUGCUCAGUGCAACUGGAAAAACAUACACACUUUAAGCUUAUCGAGAAUCACUAACACAAAACGAUGAACUAUGCUGCAUAUUAUUUAUUUAGUAUGUACUCUAAUUUAUAUGUAUACCACCCGCGAACACAAAAACACAUCCACAAGAAGUUUAUAGUAGGCAAGCAUUAGAGCUUGAAAAACACAAACACACGAGCCCACUUAGGCAUAGCAUUUAAAACUCUUUGUACUAAUUAAGUUGCAAGUAAGAAAGCAUGUCCUUUCACCCGGUUUGUGGGCAGCUAUAGGACUUUCAGCUUGAUUUGCUUAAGCUGAAUUGUUUGCAUGUUUAUUUUAAUUUGGCAUUGGAUUGCUGCAUAUUUAAGGAAAUGUCGAUCAAAGAACAGAAGGGGAACCACCGAGGCAGGCUAUGCACUUGCAGCUGGAUGGUUCCUCAUGAAUUUUAGUAUUUUAGUUAUUUUCGAUUGGACUAAUUUGCAUGAAGAGCCGGAUGAAGGACAUGUCAGGAGCUUUGAUUACGUUAACUUACAUAAAAAGCAAUCAAACCCACAAUAGUGCUGCCAAUAAUCCUGGUAUUAGCCGUUUGAAUACCAAUCAAUUCCUAAUUGCCCACAAGUGCUUCCCACAUAACAGACAAACCAAACCAACAGACCAUAUCCACCAAACACAACAUAACACAACUCAACACACCCACACACAACUAUUUAUACGAAACGGAUUACUUAAAGUAGAACUUAGGUUUAAAUGAUUUUUAAACGCGCUCCCCUUUGGAUUAUUCUAUGUGAAAUCUUUACAUUAGUUUAUAGCUCUGCUAGUUGGGCAGUACUUACUACACUACAACCCGUCCCUUCCCCCAAAAAAUAUCCGUAACUAAUACGAAGUGAGUAGACAUUGAUUUUAUACGAAAACAGGCCCUAAGUUAGAGCCAUAAUUGCAUGAGGGGAAAUUGAAUUGAAUUGAAUUACUUUACGAGGACGCUGAUUUUGUCGUGUAAAAACGUUCACGCAAGUGCUACGUAAUUGCCUAUUAAACUAAGUAUAAUUAACUACUUUGUGUAUUUGCAUAAGCUCAACCGCUGGAUUAUUUACAUUUUUGUAAUUUGUAAUAGCGCAAACAGCGACCGCAAAGGCAACAGCAAUAACAACGGUAUACAUUUAUUUUGAAUAAAAAAUGCCAAAGAUA